CAAACACCCAAUUUUACUCAUUGUCUUUCAUGCAUUCUCUCAUUUAAUUCUCAUUAAAUACCUUGAAAUGGGUCUCAUUGCCAACUUUAUUUUACAGAGAGAAGAAAUGGGGUUUUAAGAAGUUAGGUCAGGACUUCGUGUAUGGAGACACUUGAAAUACAAGUUAUUGCUAUGAUGAAUUAAUGCACAGGAUAUGUAUACAAUUCAAUUUUACUGCAAUUUCUUUUCUGUUUAACACUCUGUCCCAUUAUUCCUUCUUAAUACAGGGCAUCUCUUAAUUCCCAAAUAAUGUCAAUGGAAAAUAGAACAGAAAUCAAUCAGUUCAUCCUGCUAGGACUAACCAAUGCUCUGGAGCUUCAGUUCCCCCUCUUUAUAAUAUUCACUCUCAUUUACCUCAUCAAUGUGCUUGGGAACCUGGGGAUGAUUGUGUUGAUUUUAUUGGACUCUCGUCUCCACACUCCCAUGUAUUUGUUCCUCAGUAACUUGUCUCUGGUGGACCUUUGUUACUCUUCAGCUGUUACUCCUACAGCGUUGGCUGGGUUCCUUAUAGGAGACAAUGUCAUCUCCUACAAUGCAUGUGCUGCUCAGAUGUUCUUUUUUGCAGUAUUUGCUUCUGUAGAAAAUUUCCUCUUGGCUUCAAUGGCCUAUGACCGCUAUGCAGCAGUGUGUAAACCCCUACAUUACACCAGCACCAUGACAACAGGUCUGUGUACAUGUCUGGCUAUAGGUUCGUAUGUUGGUGGUUUCCUUAGUGGCUCCAUCCACACUGGGGUCACAUUCCACCUCUCCUUCUGUAUGUCCAAUGUGGUCCAUCACUUUUUCUGUGAUGUUCCAGCAGUCAUGGCUCUCUCUUGCUCUGAUAGACAUGUUAGUGAGAUGAUUCUUGUUUUUGCAGCAGGCUUCAAUACCUUUUUUGCUCUUCUGGUUAUCUUGAUAUCCUACCUGUUCAUAUUUACCACAAUUCUAAAGAUGCACUCAGCUGAAGGAUAUCGGAAGGCUUUGUCCACCUGUGCUUCUCACUUUGUUGCAGUCUCUAUCUUCUAUGGGACAUGCAUCUUCAUGUAUACACAACCCAGCUCCAGUCAUUCAAUGGACACAGACAAAAAGGCAUCUGUGUUCUAUACUAUGGUCAUCCCCAUGAUGAACCCUCUGGUCUACAGCCUGAGGAACAAGGAUGUCAAGAGUGCAUUAGAGAAGGCUGUUGAGAAGGCAAAAUUGUUUCUAGGCUUAACUAUUUAACAUAGUAGAAUCCACAACAACCCAGUGUAUUCCCCUCAGACCUUCCCUGUGCAAUGGCUUACAGUUUCAGG